AUGGCUCCAGCCUCACCAGGUGUGAAGAGCAAGACACCUGUGGCCCUUCCACCAGAGUUGGCAUUCCUGGUGAAGGAGACAGCAGGCCCGACAAGCACAGAGAGGCCUGAGUCAACUCCAGCACCCUCAGCUAAGCCACCUGUUCCAGUUGUCCUGCCUGCAUAUGACCACGACGUGAGCAGCUGGAACUGUUCUCAACACCAGAAGCUGUGGAUGAGGACUGAGCUUCAGGAUCUCGGUUUGUGGCCUGGGUCUCGCCCAGUGCGGAACCCUGGGAACACAGUUUCCCUGUGGCGUCUUCCUCCACAGCCGGAGCUCAUCGAUAGGGCGGCUGAGCUCCCAUCCCCCAACUUCUUUCAGCUCCACCCAUUUUUCAUAUGGAAACCCGAGAGUGACAUCAUGGUCAGGCUGAGGAACACCUACAUCCUGCCGUGUCUCCAUGGCUGUCCUCAUCCGCAGGUGGUCUCUGCUGGUGUGGGCAGGCCUCGGGUGAUUGUUGGCACCAGUGGGCAGUAUUACAUCUUGUCCUCUCGACUCUGCUGCAAAGCCUGUCGGAGGAACUGGUUUGCUGACAGUCCACGGUGGCUGGAGAAGCUGCCCAAGAGGUUUACCAACCUUCUGCCCGCGUUCAUCACCUACAAGAAAGCCAUCUGCAAGUCUGUGAUGGAUGAGCUGAGGCGCACCGGCAAGUCACCAACAGACAUGGCAAACCAGGUAAAUGAGCUCAUGCACCUCAAGUAUGAACGAGCUCACCUGGCUUACCUGCAUGCCAUAGAAAGCGUCAGGGAUGCUGAGGCCGGCGUGUAUGGGCAGAGGACCAUUGGGCAGUUCCUUCGGAAGGAAGACACGCCACGUGCCUUUGGGCCAUAUGAUGAUGCAGAUGGCUGGUGCGGAGUCUCCGUGUCCGCUUACUACCUGACUGACUGCCUACUAGAUGAGUUCAGGCGUCAAGAGCCAGCCAUGUCCAAAAUCCUCCAGGGCACUUUUGGGCAGAUCUUCAGGUCUGACCACACCAGGAAGGUGGCACAGAAAGUGACACUGGCAUCUGGAGUCAUGUCCAGUUACGCCGUCAUGAACGAGAACUGGUUGAUUGUUUCCUGGGUGAUGGUUCAGUCUGAGACUGAGAGGUCCUUACAACCCAUGUACCAGGGAAUGGCCAAGAGGUACAGCGAUGCUGGAGUGGAAAAGGCAGGCUACCACUGGAUGGACAGGGAUUGCUGUGCUCCAUUUAAGAUCGCGGACUGCACACCUGGUGAACAUCUGCACUGGGAUGCCUGGAAGACCACCCCUUCCAUUGUUGCUGAUGCCACCUCUGGACCACUGCUUAACAAUUGUGCCUCACGGUCACAUUACAACACCAACAUCGUUGUGAAGCUGGACUUGUUUCACUGCCUGAGGCGUUUUACCCGGGAGUGCACCUCUGAGCAUCACCCUCUGUACAGCACUUUCUGCCAGCUCCUCUCUGCUGCCUUUACUGUGGUGGAUCAGGAGGACCUGAAGAAGCUGCAAGACGCCUACGUAUUCUGUGGUAUCCAUCCACCCAAUCCCACCAAACAGCAUAUACGGGAACACUGCAGAACAAAAAUACCACAACCUGCUGAGCUGCUAAACAGAGUGGAGAAAGUGCUGAAGCAUUUUCACCAGGCCACGGACCCCAACAAUGUCCCACUCUUCAAGCCAUCCAUGCUGAAGACGUGGCGCAUACAGAGAGUGCACAUUCUCCGUGGUUGCCUCAGUGACCCUGAACUCUCAGAGGGCACAAUGUAUAGGUAUGGUGGAACUCUUCAGCUGAAUCACGUACCUGGUGAAGGCGCCAAAGUCCCCGUCUGGAUCCCUGUCAGAGGUACAUCUCAGCAGGAGGGGUACCAUUUCCACCAGGCUCAGUGGGUCACCGGGACUCAUGUCUCCCCUGAGUUGUUCCAGGCCCAGGGCAUGACAGGGGUGGCACGGUGGAACUACCAGCGGCUGGUGGACCUUAAGCAGCCAGGCGUCAUCCUCCCUGCUGUGUUUGAUCCAACUUUAAUGGUCGAGUUAAACUGUGCUUCCGGAAGAGUGACUGGACAGGAGAAGUACCCUGCGCUUCACCUCUCUGACAGAGACACCGGAGAGAAGUUUGGCCUAGAGUACAGAGAGCCAGGCUGCCGUCCAGUCCCUUUGGAUUGGGACAAGCACAGAACGCAAAAGCGAGAUCAACCAGCUGCUCUUGUGCCUCCGUCCCCUGUGCAGACACCUGCUCCUGCCCAAGUCCUAGCUCCAGAUGAGCCACCCUUCUCCAGCUCUGCCAUGACAUCCCCUGGACCAGCACCAUUCGUUGGCCGUCUGCUCUCUCCUGGUGCCCUGCUAAAGCUGGAGAUGCCGCCAGAUGAUGGCCAGGAGCCUGCAGCAGCAGUGGAAGUCUCACAUGCCCUGCCCCUGCCGCUGAGGUCCUCACCAAGGAGCGCCCGCACUGGACCUGUAAAGACGGGUGGACGGGUUUUUGUGUUGGACCACACACGCUGGACACCACCCAUGAAAGAGGCGAUUGACAGCUUGCUCCAGAAGUACCACGGGGAGAAGGACAUUCUGAAGCUUGUGGAUCAGGAAUAUGCAGACAGGGUCUAUCGGUCGGCCACAGAUCCCAACAGCCUGUUGCACCCCACAACCAAGCUACACAUAUCCCGCUAUGUGAAGCACCGGGCUAAACUUCUUAACACCAGUUCCUCUUUGAACACAAGCCAGGAAAAACUUCUGGAGACUCAGCAGCUGUGGCACUCUUUAACAGAGGGGAGUGAGACAGCCACUGUUCCUGUGGUCACCAUGGAGCCGGCCAUUGUGAACCCUCCUACACCUGCCCUGACCACAUCUCUGACACCAGACGCUAUUGAGAAAAUUGUGGAGGGCAUCUUGGAGAAGCAGCAGCAGCAGCAGCAGCAGCAGCACCAGCCAGAGCAGAAGAAAAGACAUACAAAGACCUGUCUUGCCUGCGGACAGCCUAAGUCUCGCUAUGAAAAUGAUGGAUCCUCCAUCCACUUUUUCUAUCAGCAAGGGCCUGUACGCUAUUUCUACUGCUCAAAGAAGGUGCAUCAAAGUUAUGCUGCUGAGGGACUCUCUGACCCCAGAAUGCCCUUUGUAGAUUUUGCAGAGACAGAAUUCUUCCAGAGGGAGCUGGAGGCCACCAAGAGACGAGUGGAGGAGAAGAUGGAGAAGAAGAGGCUCCAGAGGAAAAGGCCAGAAUCCCAGCAAGCAGGCCGCCUCUGCAGAUUCUGCCGCAUGGAGCUGAAACAGGGACCAAACAGCCCACACAUCCAUACGGGCUUCCCUGGCGUGGCAGGGAAAUACAUUUACUGCCCAUCCAAGAUCAAGAUGCACAAGAAGGUUGUGUUCUUCCUGGGGAAAAUCUGUGUUGUGUUCCGCAAGGGACCACUCGGAUUUCUCCUCCAGGACCCGUGUGAAGAAGCCAGACGGAUCAAGGACAACCCCAGUAUGCAGGACAAAUCUGCACCCCUGAAAGAGGAUCUUGUGCAGAAGAAUGCCCUGGCUGCGGUCCGUCAGAGAGGAGGGGAUGCCUCAGACAGCGUGGAGGUGCUGGCAGAAUACAUCCUCCAGUUUGGGAAGUACAAAGGCAAGUCUUUCAGGUGGCUUUUGGAAAAUGAUGUAGGGUACACUAUGUAUCUUAUCAAGAGCCUCCAGAAGGAGGAGGCCUCAGGUAUUUGUAUGGGUGAAGGGAAUAGCAAGGACAGCCUACUGUCUUUUGUGAAUUAUGCUCUGAGUUUUGCAGAGAUCCAGUCUCUUCUCAACUAUGAGGCCAGUGGAGUGGGUGUUGCGGCAUCCUCAUCAGACGACGACCAGCUCGUUGGCUUCGGCUCCCGGGCCAAGAGCACCUGGAAGGAGAUAUGGGAUAGCAGAGCUGAUGGCUACGCAAACUUCAUCUUAGGGAAGAGCUGCAUCCCAGCGCACGCAUGUUCAAGCAGUACCUGA